AGUUUGUCAACAUCUCUUGAGACGUAUACACGUGUACAUAUACUAGUAAAUGCCCCCUUAGUAUUUUGCGGACACUCGUCAAGUAUACAUCUGUAUGUACUGUGUAUAAGAAAUUUUCUGCUGAUGUGCCGAAAAUUUAACAUAUAACUUUACAUUUAUCAUCGCGCAAAACAUUACUAGGGUUUACAACGGGUGCCGCGACAAUCUGUUGUGUCAGUAAUACAUAUCAGCGUGAUUUGUAACAAAAGUCACAUUAAAUGCAUUACAAAUAUAACAGAAUAUAAUUCUGUUUGUAGAGUGAAUAAAGCAACACACCAGUAGCAGUGGUACAUUCAUCGGUAAGCGUGACGACGCUUUAGUAAGCGAACGACUCUACAAGGACUCUACGUGUAGCGGCAGCAACACAAGUAUCAACGGUGACUUGCAUAGUACAACAGGUAACGGAAAUGGCCAUGAAUUUCUAUCCACCUACAUCAGGUCCGCAAAACCAAUUGCACAUACAACAAGGGACACACAAUACGUGCUUGUCCGAGAAUAACUCCGCUCAACUUGACACUAGCCCCCAUUUAAAUAGAUUUGAACAUAUAAAGAUAAUAAAAGUGGAGGACGUGUUACAUUAUUUCGAAACGAUACCACAUUCAUUCGACAAUAAUCAUGAAGUGGUUAGUCAAAAGCUAAAUAAUGAACUUACAAACUAUAACUGUGUCAAUUCCUUAAUAGAUGUAAUAAAGACAUGUAAGUCGAACAUCAUGAAUGCUUAUGAUAAUGCACGGUAUUUGGUGCAUCUGUUGAGAAAUUAUCCGAUAAUCAUUGAGACUUAUCUAGCUUCUAAUCCGUAUAACUAUGAAACAGAGAAGGAACUAAAGGAAUUAGGAUACUAUUUCAAAGUAUCCAUCAUAAAUGUUUCAAAUGCAGCACAAACAUCAUCAAUUUAUAGUAUCGACCAACCUUUUGUGGUUAAUCCAUACAUUCAAACUCUGAAAACACCAAGGUUAUAUGGAUUGCAAGAGUGUAGUUCUCACUACGCUACAGUGCACACAGUGGGGCAAGAUCGACUCUUUUCGAGGCUGAGUCACCGGAAGUGUACAACAGCUCACACGUCAGGCAGCCAUCAACAGCAGCUCAAGCGUAUAUUUCAGUGAACAAAGGGAUAAAACGCCAGAGGCUCAAUUAGACGAUUAAAUUAAAUUAGUUAUAAUAUAAACUUGAUAGAUAAGAUAAAGAUACAAUUGUUGCCUGUUACACGAAACAUCGAAGAAAACGACGAAAAUUUAACGCGCGUUAUACAUUCGUUCUAAAAUGAUUUCCAAAGAAAAUUCGGACUAUUAUGAACGUACUCUGAAGAUAUGACAUACAUAUCAUAUGGAUCAGUAGAAUUUAUUGAUGUCGGGUUACAUGCGAGGUACGAGUUCCAGCUGUGGUACGAAUGGAGGGAAACACUUAACGACAAAAAGAAGCUCUACAGAUAAGUUGCUGAAUUAAUUGAAAAUCUAAAAGAUUAUUCAGCAAUGUUCGAACAAUUUUUGACAGUCUCUACUAAUUAGAAAAGUUCGUUCGAAAGCCAUAUAAACGCGCGAACACUCUUUCGUCCGCUCCUCCAUCGUUUUGAUUCCUUCUUUUCUUUUCCUAUCUAAAAAGAAAAGGAUGGUUCUCUAUUCUCUUGUUAUAGCUAAAAGUGAGAAUGAGAGAGAAAAUAGAAGAAAGAGAAUAUUCGUAUGUUGUAUAAUAAUUAUGUGCACAGUGCGAUGUAUAAACAAUCAAAUGUAAUUUUAGAUUUUCAAACGGACCUUUUAAUAUUGGAAUGUCAUUGUCAAAAUUAAUAUUGGUAUUAUAAGAUGAAAACUAUCCGUUGCUUGAUCGCCAAAAUAAAAUUAUUAACGGAACGUUAUACAAAUAAGAUACAAGUUCAAGGAACGUAUUCUAUCUUAUAUAUCAUAACAAAGUAAAUUUAGUUUUAGUAGAUACGUACUUUGAAAACUACAAUAUAUGAUCAUAAUAAGUAUUCAGAUAUCUAGUUAAUAUUAUAUAAUUGAUGCAACUUUUUUUAAAAAACAUCCGUAUGCGAUUGUAAUAUCACACUCAUUAUAAGCAGUUUAAACAUUAUGUACAGAUAGGCAAUGUACAACAAUGUUUGUAUGAGCGAAUUAUGAAUGAUUUUUUUAUAAUCAAUAUUUUUAAUUACACAAAUUCACAAGUUUUAUUAUACAAAUUACACAAGUUUAUCAGUUGUUACAUAAUUUACAUUUUGUCUCAAAAUGGCACGCAUAAUGUAACUAAGAAAUAAUCAGUUUGAAAAUAUAUAUUUGAGGCGUA